CGGCUGCUCCAUGUCCCCCAGUUUCGGCCGUUGCUCGUUCUCCUCCUACUGUGAACCCGGCUGCUCAAUGUCCCCCAGUUUGGGCUGCUCCUCUUUCUCCUACUGUGAACCCGGCAUUCUUUGGAUCGAUGCUUCAAUGGCCCCAAGUUUCGUCUGCGGCUCCUCUUUCCUCUCCUACUGUGAACCCGGCUGCUCCAUGUCCCCCAGUUUCGGCCGCUGCUCGUUCUCCUCCGACUGUGAACCCGGCUGCUACAUGUCCCCCAGUUUGGGCUGCUCCUCUUUCUCCUACUGUGAACCCGGCAUUCUUUGGAUCGAUGCUUCAAUGGCCCCAAGUUUCGUCUGCUCCAUGUCCCCCAGUUUCGGCCGCUGCUCGUUCUCCUCCUACUGUGAACCCGGCUGCUACAUGUCCCCCAGUUUGGGCUGCUCCUCUUUCUCCUACUGUGAACCCAGCAUUCUUUGGAUCGAUGCUUCAAUGGCCCCAGUUUCGUCUGCGGCUCCUCUUUCCCCUCCUACUGUGAACCCGGCUGCUCCAUGCCCCCCGGUUUCGGCUGCUCCUCUUACUGUGAACCCGGGUUUCUUUGUAUCGAUGCUUCCUACUGUGAACCCGGCUUUCCUCGGGUCGAAAACGACGUCUGCUGGAGCGGCUGAGAUGUGGCUAAAUCCUGGAAUUGGGGCGCGGUGGGGAGUUGAAGAGCAGCCGAGCAAAGGGGAAGAUUCUGUGCAGCAGGGAGAAGCGAGCAACGAGAAGAAGGAUAGGGCGAAGCCGGAAACAGAUCGGGAGACACAGCGUGAUACAGAAACGGGGCAGAGCAGGAGCCGGGAAGUGGAGAGGGACGAAACGCCGCGGGAGAGACGUAGGGAGGAGAGCGACGGGGGAAGGCGAGAAGAUGCCCGAAAGGGAUCGGCACGGCGCUGGGUACAGGCAUGCCGACCGUCACAGUCAUCGGGUUGGUCUGCAGCAGGGAGAAGGUAGCCAUGGGAAGAAGGAUGACGAGAAGAUGCCCGAAAGGGAUCGGGAACCCUCUCACCCUCGGCAAAGUGAGACAAUCCUUCCACCGGAAAAACAAGAUUGGUCAGACGGACAUGACGGAGUGGAGACGGUGAUCCUGAAACACACUAGUUUUGCUGUUAUAACACUGUACAGACUGAGGUUAAUAACAUACUGGAAAAUUACUGGAAGAUUGCGAAGACAUUACCCCUCUUUCUUAUCCCUCUAUCUUGGCCAGCUAGCAUUUCACUUCAUUCCAUGGUACUGAUGACAUCGAGUUUCACCACAAUUGGCUAAUUUACAGCUUCGGCAAACAUAUCACGAAGAAAAAAAUGAAACCCCUUGCCGUGUCUUGAUGAGU